AUGCUCCUCCGCCGGCUCCAACCCGCAGCGGCCGCCCGUCCCCUCCGCUCCGGCGCAUUCCCAAUAUCGGCCCCAUGCCCGGCGAACCGGCACCUCCCCCGAGCUCAUAGUCCCGCCGCCGCCGCCGCGCCCUUCACCACAUCCCGUGCGCUGCGAGAUGACGACGCUUCCGCGAACCACUACGACACCCUCAAGGUCGCCCACGACGCCUCGCCCUCUGACAUAAAGAAGUCCUUCUACGCUCUCUCCAAAACCCACCACCCAGACCACAACCGCAACGACCCGCACGCCUCCCGCAAGUUCCACGCCAUAGCAGAGGCCUACUCCGUCCUCGGCACACCCGCGAAACGCGCCGCCUACGACCGCUCCCUCCCCUCCUCCUCCUCCGCACACGGCCACCGCCGCGGCUCCUACCACAGCACAGGCCCCGCGGGCGGCCGCCCCGCCUCGGGCCUGUCGCGGCGCAGGACCACCUUCCGCGGCCCGCCGCCCAGCUUCUACCGGUCCGGGGGAUGGGGCGCCCAGUCGGCGAAGAGGAGGGAGGCGCACGAGGGCGGCGGCGGCGGCGGCGACGGGACGGGCACGGCGCAGGCCCAGCCCGGCAUGGGCCCAGGGCAGGACCCCUACGGCCACACGAGGUCGCCCAAGGUGCCGCACUUCGAUUCCGAGACGCACACCCAGACGCAGUCGAGGCAAGAUUCGCGGCGAGCGUACAGGAUCAUGGGCACCGAGGUUCCGAAUGGGCCACAGGAGACGUCAGUGGGCGCCUUCUUGGUGGUUAGCGGCAUCCUCUUCUUUUCCUUUUUUAUUCCAUACCUGGCCGUGGGCGGAUGGAGCCGCAAAAAGAAAGACGGCAAAUCAUAG